CUUAAAGUAUAUAUAUGCAAGUCCAGCUCUGCUGGAGACACACAGCAAGUACCUUCCUCCCAAUCUGACUGCUUCCUUAUCCAGCCGAGACCACAAAGUUCAACAAUGGCCAUCACUGACAUCCUUUCUGCUAAAGAUAUUGAAUCUGCUCUCUCCAGCUGCCAGGCUGAUGAUUCCUUCAACUACAAGUCUUUCUUCUCUAUGGUUGGUUUAUCCAGCAAAACUCCUGAUCAGAUAAAGAAAGUUUUUGGAAUCCUUGAUCAGGACAAGAGUGGUUUCAUUGAAGAAGAGGAGCUGCAGCUGUUCCUGAAGAAUUUCUCCUCGAGUGCCAGAGCCCUCACCUCGGCAGAGACCAAGGCUUUUCUGGCUGCAGGUGACUCUGAUGGGGAUGGCAAAAUUGGAGUGGAAGAAUUCCAGUCUCUGGUGAAGGCAUAAACAGCAUUAGACCAAAGGCAACCUUGGACUGACUCUUCCAAUUACCUCGUCCAACAAGCACUUCGCACUCAGCAUGUGUUUGUACAUUUUUAUAUUGUUUCAGGCAUUAACAGUUCCCCACACACGAAAUUCCCACCCCGGAUCACUGAGAAAUCUUGCAAUGUUUUGGUCACAUGGUAUUGCUACAUUUCCACUGUAAUGAAGGCACUUUGUGAUUUUCAAGCACUGAUAAUGUUGAAAUUGUGGCUGGAAGAGGGGAGAAAAAAAUUAAAAAACCAACCAAACAAAAAGAACUUUUUGGGGGCGGCAAAGCUGCUUUUUAAAAUUUUGUUUAGGUUCUCCAUCCUCAUAUUUCAGCAUGCUGACUCGCCAGAUGCAGUUUGGAUCAUCUUAAACAAUAUGAUAUCUUCUAAGGCUUAA